CACAGGGAGCUGUUGAGGACCUGCGUGGCCCAUCCCUGGAUUCUUCGGUCACUGACUCCCAUCCACUCUGACCACAACCGAAGGCCACAUCCCACUGCCUGCCCAGCAUCCAUCCAUGGAGGUGACCACCGUGACCCUAUCUCCUGCCUCACCCACUGAAGGAGACGAUCUCUGUGAGAUAGAUGUCAGCAGUGUGGCCAUACACAGUGUGACACUGCUCAUCUGCCUCUGUGGGCUGGUUGGGAAUGGGGCUGUGCUCUGGCUCCUCAGCCUGAAAAUCCGUAACUCUGGCAUCUUCGACCUGGCUUUUGCCGACUUCCUCUUCCUUCUCUUCACGGUCCCCUCCGCCUUGCUCUUCCUCAUGGAGGAUGUGUUCUGCACUGCCAUCAUGCCCCUGGGGUACUUGAGCUUCCUUUUCCAGCUGUCAAUGGUUUCCUACUACUGGGCACUGUUCCAACUGGCAUUCCUCAACUUCAGGAAGUACAUGAUCUUCCUCUUCCAGCUCUGCUGCCACUGUGACUUUCCCGAGCGCCUGUGGUGGGUGCUGGAAAGUGUCCAAUACUGGGCCUUUUUCUCUCUCUUCAUCCUCAUUCCCGGGGUGACUUCCCUGUGCCCAUCAAACAAGCAGGAGCAGUGCCGGGCAGCACUCGUCUCCAUCUACGCCAUCAUCCUGCUCCUCUUUGCUGCACCCGUGCUCAUUUCCUGCACAAACGACAUCAUCAGAGCCAAGGGUGGCUCCCAGCAGCAGCAAGCUGAGACACGAGACAUCGUUAUCUUCAUCACUGUGCUCUUCACUCUACUCCUCGGCCUCUGCAAUUUCCUGCAGCAGAUAGGUUACAUGCCUGUGCCCACCCAGGUGGUUUUCCUGUUCACCUGCAUCCACAGCAGCAUCAAACCUUUAAUCUAUUUCUUGGCAGGGAAGUGCUGGAGCUCCUGCUCCAUGGAGUCCCUCCAGCGCUCCCUCCAGAGCGUCUUUGAGGAGGAGAAAGAAAUAAUUGCCCGCAGAAAUGAUGCUCCCAGGGACCCGGAGGUCUGAGCCUGUUGAUCCCUUCCACUGCUCUGCUGAAGAACCUUGGCACAGGUUUCGUUGAGUCACCUGAUUAAUAAAUAUCCACAGCAUCACCCUCCCUGUGCUGGUGUACUCCUGUAGGAGAAGGGAGCAGGGGCAUUGCCAGGGGCAAUGUGGGAGGGAUGCUUUGCCAUAGAGCACAUGGCAGCAUGGCUUUCCUCCUCCCUGCUGUGCCCACAUGGCUCCAGGCAGUGCAGCUGGGCUCAGUGCUGUUCCCCAGCUCUAUUCCCCAUGGAAUGACCCUCAUUGCCUGGGCCCCAGGGAAUGAACUCCUUCCCCUUUGGCUACCCAGAUGAGUUUCAUGGUGUUUUGAGGGAUCUCUUGCCUGCAAACAAUGUGACAC